AUGAAAUUUUUCUAUUUUCAAGUGCCGUCUAAAUCUCUCAAUUCCACACACUAUCUCACACCCUCUUAUACUCUCACAAUAUUUCAAUACACAUACACAUAUUAUUCGAUUCGAAAAUGGCGGUGGAAUUUCACUCGUGUUGUGUCUGUGUGUGUUGAAAAAAAAGGAGCGAGCGAAUUGCGGCGAGAGAUAACGGCGAAUCGGGAGACGCAGAGUGACGAAAUUGAUUGUGAGUGAAGGAAGGCGAGGCGAGAUAGUGUGGGGGGUGGAGAGGCGCAGUGUUUUUUCGGGGGCCCCCGUUUUCCAUGUUUGUCUCGCCGCCUCUCACUGUUUCGCAGCCCCCUCGUUUCAUUUUUUGUCGCUUUUUUGAAUUAAAUGAGAGAAUUUUUUCUCAUAUUUCUAUUACUUAUCUAUUUUCUUGUUAAUUAUAGAAUAAUUUCAGCCAUGAAACCCGAAGAAGCGUCUGAAAAUGCGAUUGCGUCAAGCCUGGAAUUCGUCAAAAACCUGCUGACUCAAGCGGGAAUCGAUGUGAAUUCUACGGAUGGCAUGGAAUCUACGUCGGAUGGGGAGAAACCGGAAACUAUUUUGGAUAUGUUUAUCAGACAAUCUAUGGAAGUCGAGGUUGAGCAAGAACAACAAGAAGUUCAGGAGGAAGUUGAUGAUUUUCAAGUAGCCCAGGAGGCCUUGAAACUUUUUGCGAAGCCUGAGAAACGUAGGUCUAAUCCCUAUAUAGGCUUUCUUAAUUUUGAAGAAGAAUUUUCCAGAACCCCCCACCAAAAAGCCACCAAAAGAAGAAGACUACUUCGCCUCAAAUCUCGAAAAAAUCGCGGCCAACGUAAACGCGGCGAUCGCCAAAAUCCGCGACGACAACCUCAAGCAAACGCUCCCGGAAAACGAUAUCACACGGGAUGUUGAUCGUCUCCUCGAGGCCGCCAAUAAAGUGUAUGGUUUUCGAGUUUGGAGUGCGGCGGAGAAGAAGGAAUUUGAGAAGUUUUGCAAGAUUUUGCGAUUUCGAGGAACUCUUUCGAAUGAGGAGAAGGAGGAGUUGAAGAUGUUUUAUGCGAAAGCUUAUAAGUUGACUGGUAAGGGAGGGUUUUCAGGUUUUUUAAGCAUUUAUUCAUUCAGAAUGAUAUGCAUUUUGAUGACUUUACGUUAUCCAUAAGUGAUUUAGCGAGGUUUAGGCGAUACGUCGCUAAAUCACUUAUGGGUGACCUUAAGUCAUCAAAAUUUAUAUCAUUCUAUUCGUCUUAGACCAUUACAUCCUAUGAAUAAUCUUAAAAAACCUAAAAAAGACAUUUAGUCGAUAUCCAACUAUGUAUUUUUCUAGAUAUUGAAGGAACUUAUGGUGAGAGACGAAACGCGGUGCUCAAAUGCAACGAUGAAGCAUCCACCUCAUCAACAUCGCCAAAACUUGAGCUCGAACCCCUGGAACUCUUCGGAAAUAUGCUGAAAAACCAGCUUUGCCCGUCAAAAAAACGCGGGCGGCCCCCGAAAACCGAUCCGGCAGAUCUCUCUCCACUUUUUUCGACGAUUUCGGAUCAGCGACAAAAAGAGAAGAAUAUUUUGAGAAUUUUGAGCAAAGCGAAUGAUUUGAACGGGCAGAAGGGGAAGAUUUGGAGUCCGGCGGAGAUCAAAGAGUUUGAGAAGUUCUAUGAGAUUUUUAUUGGGAAACAGAGCUUUUCGGUGGAACAAUCUAAGGAGUUGAAUGAGUUUUAUAAGCGAGCCUACGGGGAAUUUGAUCCGUUUUUGAUUGCGAAAGAGGUUGAUGAGAGACAACAGGAGAAGAAGAAAUAUUGGCAGGAAUAUCGGAGGAAUUAUUAUUUGGCACGGAAAGCGCAGGGAAUCGUGCCAUCCGCGCGGAAAUCGCAACCAAAACAACAACAACAAGUGGUUCCGAAGGUCAAACAAGUGAAGGAGAAAGCGGCGAGCACUGCGGAAGAGAUUGCGGAGACUCGCAAGCGGAAGGCCGCGUAUUUACGCGAGUGGCGAACGCGUAAGGCGAAUGAGAAGAAGAUUAUGAGUAUGUUGGUGGAGGCGGCGGAAAAUGGGCAAAAUUGCGAAUAA